UGUGACGUCGCGCGCUCGAGAAAACUUGAACAUCAACUUUCCACCUCAUUGACAAUGGCAGACUUCGGGGGAUACCCGCCAAAUAUGGCGCCGCAAGAUGCGCUCAUAGUUCGAGAGCAAGAGGGACCUAACCACGCUGUGGUACCCUACACGGCUGAAGAUCUGUCGCGUCCCCAACUCGGUCCCUCGAACCCAUUCAAGGACGACUCAAACGUGCUGAAGCGCAAGAAUAUCCUUACCGGCCAUGCAGAGGAGACAUUCGUCAGCGAGCACACAUUUCGAAGCAAGCAUCGAGCAGUCGAACGGAAAGGAGGCCCACAAAGAGAGUACCAGACCAGCGCAGAGAGCAAGGCAGAGGCUGCCAGGAUACGUGCCGGGAGGGAAAAGAAAGGCGACGCAACCAUUGCCGAAGGCCCCGGGGCUUACGUUGGGCCAUGGGCCAGGUACAAGCGGCCCGAGUACGAGGUGGUGGGAGAGGACGAGGAGCUCGCCAGCGACGAAGAAUACGAGAUCGUGGAGGAGGAGGAGGAUGUCGUCGAGAGCGGAACGGUGGUUCAGGCACCGGCUGGAGCCUUGGCGCGACGAAAGGAAAUCGAAGAGAUUGGUGACGAAACGACGACGUUCCACGGUUCCGCCGAAUUCGAUUACCAAGGCCGGUCGUAUAUGCACGUUCCUCAAGACCUGGAUAUCGAUCUACGAAAGGAGAUUGGAAGCGUCACCAACUAUAUCCCCAAGAAGCAGGUUCACUCUUGGAAGCACCACACCAAAGCCGUUACUGCGCUACGCUUCUUCCCCAACUCUGCCCACCUACUACUUUCAGCCAGCGCCGACACCACUGUCAAGAUCUUCGAUGUCUUUCACGAUCGCGAGCUGCUGCGCACGUACUCUGGUCACUCCAAGGCGAUUUCCGAUAUUACCUUCAACGCCUCAGGCACUCAGUUCAUAUCUUGUUCAUAUGAUCGCAUGAUGAAGCUUUGGGACACUGAGAAGGGUGUGUGUAUCAGCAAGUUCACGACUGGCAAGACACCUCACGUGGUCAAGUUCAAUCCAGAUCCUGAGCACUCCAACGAAUUCCUGGCUGGCAUGUCAGACAAGAAGAUUGUUCAGUUUGAUAUCCGAACCCCCAACGAGGUGGUGCAGGAGUACGACCAUCAUUUGGCAGCCAUCAACACCAUCACCUUUGUUGAUGAUAACCGCCGUUUCAUGACUACAUCCGACGAUAAGUCACUUCGAGCCUGGGACUACAACAUUCCCGUCCCUAUCAAGUACAUCGCAGAGCCUGACAUGUACCCCAUGACGCGCGCUGCUCCCCACCCUAGCGGCAAAUACGUCGCCUAUCAGAGCUCCGAUAACCAGAUCCUGAUAUUUGGCGCCAACGACAAGUUUCGCCAGAACCGAAAGAAGAGCUAUCGCGGACACAAUAAUGCGGGCUUGGCUAUUGACCUGGACUGCAGUCCGGAUGGUCAGUUCCUGGCUUCGGGUGACUCGGCCGGCUACGUGUGCUUUUGGGACUGGAAGACAUGCAAGAUGUACCAUAAGCUGAAGGCGGGCCACCAGGCCAUCACCUGCGUCAAGUGGAACCCACAGGAAACUAGCAAGGUGGCGACGGCAGGCCUAGAGGGUGAAAUCAAGUACUGGGAUUAAACAAGGGUUAUACAGAACUUCUAGGCGUAGGAGAGGGAGCAUGGCACGGCGUUUAGGAAUAUGAUGUUAAUAGAUGAAAUGUGCAAAUUGGUAUAUUACUCCG